AUGGAGCGUGGACAAUCGAGUGUUGAGAAAUAUGAGAAAUUCACAUGGAAGAUUGAGAACUUCUCUCGCUUUAACAUUCGUGAGGAGGUUUACUCAGAACCGUUUGUCCUUGGCGGCUAUCCAUGGAUGAUUAGUCUGUUUCCAAGGGGGGAUGGCAUAGAUGACCACUUAUCAAUUUAUUUGGAGGCUGUGCAAAUGCAAACUAACUAUGCCAAUAUGUCAAAUGGAUGGAGCAGAGAUGUGAAAUUUAAAUUGGUUGUAUUCAAUCAGCUUGAUAGUUACAUGAACAUCACUCUAACAGAUGGUGAUUUAUUCUUCCCUUCUUUACAAAAUGCUAGAUCUAAUGAUAAGUUCAAUUCAAGUGCGACUUCCUUGGGUUACAAAUCAUGCAUUACUUUAGAUGAGCUUUAUGAUCCUAACAACGGGUUUAUUGUGAACGAUUCUUGUAUUGUUGGUGCUGAAGUUUUUGUUUGCGAGUCAACACCUGAUGAACCGGUCAUUCAAGCCGCCAACCUAUGUAGUACUUCUCCAACAGGGUAUAUAAAAGUGGAAGUCCCAAUGCCAAAUCCAGAAGUUGAAGGCUCAAAAGAAGAUUCUACUAAAGAUGCUGAUGCAGAGUUGGUGUCUGCUGCAUUGGGGAGAGUUCUUUAUUUCCUUAAGACUAGAAAAGUGAAAGAUAUGAAUGAACAAGCUUGUAAGGAACUUCAAGUUUUAUGGGACGAGCUUAAGAAAUUUCAAUUUGAUCUCACUUGGCUAGAGCCACAUGUUCAAUCUGCUUUAGGAAUGAAAAGUUUUGUGGAGAAAUCUCUACAUGUUGAAAAGUUGAAGGAGGAUAUGGUAGUUCUAAAGGAAAAGUUGUCCUCUGCUGAGGUAAAUCUUGAUGGAGAAAUAGACUUGUUGAAAGAAAAAGGUUUCAAAGAAAUAGGUUUAGAUUCUGAAUUGGGAUGUGGGAGUUGGAGACCAUAG